CGUCGUGGUGCGAGUGCGUCUAUAUGCUGGAGGUAAGAGUGCGAUAGGCGGGUAUAAUAUCGUCUCGUGCUUCACCUAUUCUAAUCACGUGAUGCGUUCCCUCUCCACACCGCCCCUACUAGCCAGCAACCUCCCCCAGCCCGCACCUACUCUCCCAACCCCGCAACCUCACUCGACACUGGAUUCUACAUCAGACUCUCUCCGCAACCAUGCCGAUUACAAUAGAGGAAUACCUUGAGGCUACAGUCGAAUUCCACGCCAUGUACAAGAAGUGCGAAGAUGAGCACCAAGCCAGAUACAACGCGCUGAUGGCGGGGUUUCUAUUGUUCGCGUACGGCGUAUACGGAGAGUUCCAGAAAAUCCGUUCAGAGGUCCAAGAAGUAGCGCAAAAAUUCAAAGGUCUAGACCAAUAUCAUGCAGAGCUAGAGAGAGACAUAGAGGCCUCAAUGGAACUACUCUUUCUACGCGCUAGCAAAGGGUGUGCGGAGGCCGCAUAUAAGGGACUGCUUGUUGCCGGCACGGCUAGUUUCCUGGAACCCAGCCAGGAUCUCAUUGCGUUGCAGACAGACGCGCGCCGCUUCGACAAGACUACACGGGAUCCCGUUGUGCCCGAAGAUAAAGUGAAUUGCGCGCAACUGCUUGAGAGGCUAGGUACUAAGAGAGAGACGGCCGCCAAACUUGUCGAGAACCAGUCCUUCAAUCUGGAGACGAACCUCCCCCUAUUGGAAAAUGUCGUCCUCGUGUCCAACGUGUCGAUUGCGCAUGGUUGCGAUCCACAGAUAGGUCAGUCGAACGCCGCGACGGCAACGGGCUCCCCGAAGGGUAAAGACAAGGAGAAGGACGCCAAUCUCGACCCCAAAACACCUUCGGCGACCCAGGCACCUCAAGAGCCGACAGGACUUGGAGAGCAACAUAAACAACAGGCAGUGUCGGUUAGUGCUGCAAAGGCUGUUCAGGGGACCAAGACUGCUCAAUACGGCCUGCAGACUGCCGCCCUCGAUGAGCCGAAGGCGCCAACGACAACAGGCAAUCUGUCGGGAGUAGGAACGUCGUUGGGAGUGGGAGCUUCGUCGACAACGGGUGCAGUUGGUGGGUCGCCGAAUAAACGCUCCACACCCUCUCCUUCAGACCCCCGGGGGCCACCGGAGCGCCCUGCUUCGAAGAGGGUCAGGACGGGGAACAAGCUUGCGCGUAAAAUUCUCUAGUCGCUGCACACAGCCAGAAACGGAGGUCAAAGAGGAACGCACACACACACAUGAGAACUGACGUCGAGAAGACGUGUCGUGAACACUGACCAUUGGGCAGUCAAACUAAGGUCAAACUGGAUGAUGGGGUCGUCGGUCAAUGAGGGCAGGCAAGUCGAC